AUGACAGUGAAAUUACCAAAGUUAGAUAUGUGCUCCUUCAACGGAGAUAAGUUGAGAUGGCACGAAUUCUGGGACACAUUCAAUACAUCAGUGCAUAGUAAUAAAAAUAUCUCCGAUAUUCAGAAGUUCAAUUACUUACGAGGUAAAUUAUACGGAGAAGCGAAGAGUACCAUAUCUGGUUUGGAACUUUCUGGCGAUAAUUAUUGUAUUUCUGUAAAGUUACUCUCUGAACGUUAUGGAAACGAACAGGAGUUGAUCGAUUUACACUACAACAAAAUUAUCAACAUUCAAAGUGCAUACAAUAGUGUGCAAAGUUUGAGAACGUUUCUUGAUACCAUGGAAAGGUAUCUCCGAAGUUUAGAGGUGUUACAUCAAGACAUUAAUCAAGAUGUGUUUAUUGCAAUGAUUAGAGCAAAACUUCCAGAGAACGUGCUCGUACAACUAGAAAUGUUGAACGGAGCAAACAAUAAGUGGACAUUGCAAUCACUCCGUGGGAGACUAAAAGACUAUAUUGUUGCUCGUGAGAGAGCCGAAAAGAAACCUAACACGAAUGAAAACAAACCAAAGGUAAACACUGGGGCUCGAGAAACACUGGUGUUGGAUAUAAGAAAGACGUCUAUGGACCAACGUCAAGUUUCGGUCCAAGGAGAGGCAUACAAGGAGAACAAAGAAGAUUUACAUCUGGUGAAGCUUUAG